CUCCGCUCUUAUUGCUGCGGCUCUUGACAACGAAGACAUGGGCUCCAGCGACGAUGAUGCUGGUGGCGCUGACCGUGGCUCGGCCGACGAAGACGAUGAGUCCCCCGAUGAGGAUUUCGAGGCCGAGUCGGACUCCGAUGUCGCGGAAGAAUAUGAUUCUGCGCACGAGAGCAGCGGCAGCGACAGCGAUGCGCAGAUGGAUGAUGCAUCCGACGGUGGGGAUGAUGAUGAGGAUGUUGAGAUGUCAGAAGGCGAACGGCCGAAGAAGAAGUCGAAGGUUGGCAAAUAAAAGAAAAUCAUCAGACCGCCUCAUCGUGACGGCCACGCGCCGUCAGCAACUGGGCACUUCUCCGCGCAUAAUGAAUACAAGAUAUCAAUAACGUUCAGCCUUGUGCUACUUCCCCCUUCACUCGUUGUAAUGCAACGUAGACGACUAUAACCACAUGUAAACCCUGCUUUACCAAUGUCAACAUUGUAAGCACGGAGAUAUGCCGUGGAAUGGACAUAACCAUGGUCUGGUUUGAC